GCCAGUCCCUGUCCAGGCUGGCAGAGCGGGCGCUCUCGGCUGUGGGCGCUGUGACGUCGCGGGCCCAGCCCAGGGAGGUCCUCCCAGGGCGCCCAGGGAGGGCGGACCUUGGGUCGGACCCGCCGCCCCCAACCCCGGGGCCUGGGGGUCCCCCUCACCUUGCCCCGGCCUCCUGCCAGUCGCCACCACCCCUAGCCUCUCCCGCUGAGUUCGGCGCCCCAGAGAGGAUUAACACCCAGGGAGGCAGGGAGCUCUCUUUAUCCAAGGACGUGGCCCCCUGUAUGGGUAGUGGGGGCCACAGGCUGGGACACCCCUGAUGUCAGAAGUGAGUGGGCAGGUUGACUGACUGCAAGCAGUCCCUCAGCAUCAGCAUGGACCCCAGGAUCCCAUCUGCUAGGAGCUGGGUCAGCAGCCACCCACCCACCUCUGAACCUGACCUGGAGCCUGCCACAGAUGGGCCAGCUUCCGAGACCACCACACUCAGCCCAGAAGCCACCAGCUUUAAUGACACCAGAAUCUCUGACGUGGCUGGUGGCACAGCCGGCGUGGGCACAAUGCUUCUGUCCUUUGGGAUCAUCACAGUGAUUGGCCUGGCUGUGGCCAUGGUUUUGUACAUCAGGAAGAAGAAGAGGCUGGAGAAGCUGCGCCACCAGCUCAUGCCUAUGUACAACUUCGACCCCACGGAGGAGCAAGAUGAACUGGAGCAGGAGCUGCUGGAGCAUGGGCGGGACACUGCCUCCGUGCAGGCCACCGCCGCUGUGCAGGCCACGCAGGCCAAGACCACUCUCCCCUCUCAGGGCCCAAUGCAGAGGCCCAGCCGGCUGGUGUUCACCGAUGUAGCCAAUGCCAUCCACGCGUGAGGAGCCCAGGGACAGGCCUGGACCUCUGAUGAAGAUACCUGACACAGUGCCCUCAGCUGCCCACUCUGAGAUCAUUAGGACCUACUCUAAGGACCUGCCCUGCCAAGGCCUCAGCUAUUUUGAGGACCCAGCUGCUGACUCUCCAGGCUCUAAAAGAGGCCCCUGGCCAGGUUGGGCAUAUGGCCACUGAUGUCCCCUGACCUGAGGGCCCUGGCAUGCAGAGCAUCCCUCGUAAGGCUUCCUUAUGCUGUCUGGCUUCCUUGUGCCCUUCCCAGACCCCUCACAUCAGGGUCUGCUCCUCUAAUGUGGAGGAAAUGGGGGGAGAUGUGGGAUGGGAGGGGGAAGGGAAGGAGAGUAAGGGGGUUCCCGUCCAUCAGGGAGAGACGUAUCUUUGGAAUCUGGAGUCUCCUCUGGAGUGGGGAGAGGCAGCUACCCAGGUCUCAGGCACAUGGUAUGGUGGUACCCUGGGAGAGGCUCAGGGAUAGAGCUGAAACUGCCCAGUGGACAAGGAUGCCAGGAGGAGGGCUACUCAUACCCAAGGUCAGUCCAUAUUACAGGGAUCCAGGAGGUCUUCCAGCCAUCCCUCCAUGGUGGUCGGCUAUUGGCUGGGCCCAAGCUAGGAUGAGAGCUGAGGGGGAAGGGAGGUGGGGGAGCAGGUGUGGAGGGAUGCAGUGCCCAGACCU